ACUUUAAUUCAAAAUUAAAAUCUUUAAUUAAACUUUAAAAGCAUACAAAGACCUUGGAUGUAAUAUGUCUUUGAAGAUGUACAUUCUUACAUUCCCACCUGGACUUUUUUCCGCCAAAUCUCGGUGAUGUGAAUAAUGAACACGGAGAACGUUUCCACCGGAACAUUCGGACACUUCGGAUUCGUGUUCAGGACAAGAAGCUCUACAAAGAUCACCCAACGGACGUUGCAGAAGAUAAAAAAAGUUUUAAUUUGUUGCACAGUAUAAUUAUUGUGUCCUAAUAUAAAUAUGAUUGCUAUAUAUUGUGACCCUUUUCGCGGGGGUGCACUCUAUACAAUCGUAUACAAAAAUUUUGAAAUCCGUUGGGCGCUAGCCCCGUUCGCGUGGCGAUGGAAAAAGGGGAACAUCGGGGUUCUUCACAAUAAACGGGGACUCGUAGCUCGACCUCGGUCGGCCGUCACACACUACGCGGGGGAGUUCGCAGGAACGGGAAACUCUAGAGCUGGGAAUCUCAGGGUGGAAGGGUUCUAGGUAAGUUCUUACGUUAAGCUAGGUACAGACGCGUGCGCCGCGGCAGCAACGCGGCAUGGAACGAACGUAUUUGGGCGAAUAUUCGUUCGUUUGGACGAUAGUGCGAACAUGUCACGCGGCAAUACUGUAAUGCCGCGCAACGAACCAAUUUCUGUCAGUCUUUUGCGCGAACACAAAGGGAUUCCUUGCCGCAAUGUGGACGGUUUUCUUCGGGUUUGUCCAAAUACCGAAAACAAUAAACUGCUUUAUCCGCGCACGUUCUUUUAUUUCGGGAAAAGCGCAUCGGGUAUUUCGCAGCAUUGCGAAGUAUCAGUUAUUAGUUGGUGUGUAUUGAAAGUGUUAUGUUGAUAAUUGAUAUGGAGUGGACUGAAGAACAAAUGAUCAAAUUGAUUGAACAAUAUAGGAAAUUCGAAAAUCUGUGGAACCCUACUGACAUAAAUUAUUUUAAAAGAAAUGAAAAAGUUGAUGCGUGGGAGAAAGUAGGCAUCAAAAUUAACAGAUCGUCAGACGAUUGCAGGAAGAAAAUAGUUAGCCUGCUCUCCUCUUACCGAAGAGAAAAGUCGCGGACAAAGAUGUCCAUGAGAACAGGAAAAGGGGCAGCUGAGAUUUAUCGUAGCCGCUGGUUUGCGUAUGAUUCAUUAAAAUUUUUAGAAGACCGAGAUACACUGCGGGAAAGACUAGACACGGGGUCCCUAUCGACUGCGUUGACUGAUGGAAUUGCUGGGAAUAAAGAGGAUAUAGAUAAUGUGGGAGAUAGUUCCCAGGUGACGCCAAGUACGUCAGCUGGAGAAAUGAAAAGGACGGCAUUUGUCAAUCCGCGACCACCAAAGCGAAGAAGAGAAAGAGCUGACAAGGGUAUAGAACUAUUAAAAAGUGCUGUCAAUAUCUUGAAAAGUACAGCUGGCAGACUACAUGCGACGCCGACGGUAGCGGAUGCUGAAGUACAAUCAUUUUGUGCAUUCUUGUCGUCGAAAAUGAUGGGCUAUCCGCGCAAUACACGGCAACGAAUACAGCAUGAAAUCUAUGGUCUUCUCAUGAAAGCAGAUCUUGGACACUUUGAAACACAACCAACUCUUACUUCUCUUUCACCUAUGGUUUCUCAUACCUUACAGUCUUUUCCACAAUUUUCUUCCUCAGCACCACAAGUUACUCCUUCAAUGCAUAAUGAUUCCCAUCUAACUCCGCUCUAUUGUUCUCCUCCAUCCUUUGAAAGCCAUAAUUCUCCUACUCCUCCUGUUGCUAAAAAUCGUAAUGACACAGCUAAUUUGUAAUGUAAAUUAUUAUAAAUUAUCAACAGACCAGUUUUGUCAUUUUCACCUGAGUCAGGAAAUUAGCUCAAAAUUGAAAUAAACAUUUUGACAUGUACCAACCUGUCUUGAACCGGAAUUGCUUCUCGCAUAUUAGUAUCUUUCUUUGUGAUGUCAAUUUUGGUCAAUAAAUCUUCGAAACACGACGAACUCAUUAGGGUAAAAUUUUUAUAAUGUCCACUAAUUUCUUGAAAUUUUAAAUCCCGCAUUAAUUUGUCCCCAUUUCGUUUACAAUAUAGUUAAUUUAACUAUAAACAAUUUAACUCAUUAUAAGUUAAAAUUAUCACUGCACUACUAGCUAUAAGCAGAGCUUCAUCGUC